AUGAUCCUCCCAUUCAUCCUUUCCGUCGUUGCAGGCGCUGUCUUCGUCUUUCUCGUCAGCUAUGGCUGGCAGUUCCUUGCCUACGUUGGCCGCGGCCUGCGCAAGUCCUGGCCGAUAACAUACAGGCCCGCACAGGACCCCAAGGACAAUCACGUUCAGAUUAUCGUGCUAGGCGACAUUGGACGCAGUCCGCGCAUGCAGUACCACGCCAUCAGCGUCGCCAAGCAUGGGAAGAAGGUGGACAUUAUUGCCUUGAAAGAAACCGCUCGCCAUCCCGAUCUCAUUGGCAACCCCAAUGCCACGCUCUACGCUAUCUCGCCUCUCCCCGAGUGGCUGGCCUGGGGCAACUUGAGUUUCGUCAUUCAGAUCCCCGGCAAGGUCAUUCACCAAUUCUGGACUCUGUACGCUACUAUGAUGUAUACCGCGCCUGCUGCUGAAUGGAUUAUCAUCCAGAACCCUCCCUCGAUUCCGACUUUCCAUGUGGCUCUGUUUGUCGCUUGGGUCCGUGGAAGCAAGGUCAUCAUUGACUGGCACAACUACGGCCACACCAUCCUCGCUCAAAAAGGCAAACUCUAUGCGCCUCUUGUGCCUCUCUACCGCUGGUACGAGUUCUUCUUCGGACGUCGCCUCUGCAACGUCAAUCUGGCCGUUACCGAUGCCAUGACCAAGCAGCUGCAAGCCGGCAAACUCAAUCUCAGCAAGCCCGUCCACACCCUGCACGACCGACCAGCCGCCAUUUUCCAACCCAUUACGUCGCGCAAAGAGCGAGAGGAGGUCCUCAUGCGCAUCCCAGAGACACAGUCCCAGGCACAGGAUAUUCUCGACGGCAAUGUCCGAUUGAUUGUCAGCAGUACCUCCUGGACUGCCGACGAGGACUUUAGCAUCCUCCUCAGCGCUCUUGUCACCUACGCUGGCCCUCGAGAGGUAGAUGACAAGAGCGAGCCCGCCUCGCCCAUUCUCGCCAUUAUUACGGGCAAGGGUCCUCAAAGACCAAUGUACUUGGAGAGGAUUAAGCAGCUCACCGACAGCGGACAGCUUCCUGGCGUUAAGGUCGUCACUGCUUGGCUGUCGAACCGCGACUACGCUCAGCUCUUGGCGGCCGCUGACCUCGGCAUCUCCCUCCACAAGUCUUCCUCUGGCGUCGAUCUGCCCAUGAAAGUUGUCGACAUGUUCGGUGCCGGUCUCCCUGUGGUCGCCUACUCCAAGUUUGAGAGCUUCAGCGAGCUCGUCAAGGAGGGCGUCAAUGGUUGCGGCUUUGAGACUGCAGCUGAGCUUCACGUGCUCUUUAAGAGGCUCUUGGCCGGCGACGGUGCCGAGGAGCUCGCAACCCUCAAAAAGGGAGCUACCAAAGAAGGCUCCCUGCGCUGGAAUGAAGAAUGGGACCGUGUAGUUGCUCCCAUUGUUGGCCUCGGAAAGGGUCAAGUGGCCUUGUAA